AUGAUUUUCCGAAAGCGACGCACAAUCCAACAACAAAAGCCACUGGAAGAUCGGCAGGGAGCUGCAAUGAGAGAACAGAUCGGCAACAAAACUUGCCAUGCAAUUGUUGGAGAAGAGGAGAUUCCCACAAUUUUACUGAAAGCCGAACUGGCCAUUCAACCUCUUGACAUGUUUGCCGCCACUGUUAGCACCAAUCAUUGCGACACCAACACGUGCAAGAGCGUCGCCGACGGUAACGAUCUUGUUCCCUUGGCCCCUGGUGAAGUGCAAAGCUCCAGCAAUGACUGCAUUGGCAAAUACAGCCAUCUACCAGUGCUCACGGCGGUCAAUGUGGAUAGCUUUUCCGCAGUAUCAUCUCAAACAGUUCUCUAUGGAUACCAUGAUGAAAACAAAUCCAAGAAGCGACGUCGUGCCGCCUUUCUCAGUGCCACUGUUGUGAAACCAUCCACGGAAAGCAAGUUGGGUAUGGGUCUCAAGAAAGGGAAGGAUGGAAGUCUGCAAGUAUCUUCCUUGUCCAACAAUCAAGAGUGUCUUUUAUCAGAGGCUCCCUUCCAAACAGGUGAUGUGCUGGUCAGCAUCAACAACCAAAGUUGUACUGGCAUGAAUCUGUCAGCAGUUGGAAAGCUCUUGAAGCAAACCACAGGUGUAUUGACAGUGGUGGUACAGAAUUCCACCGGUGAUCCCACUCUAGUGGAGAGCAUGAUCCGCAAGCCAACACCAACAUCCAAAACUGGAUUGGGUGUUGCACAGGCAGCCGGGCAACAGAUCAAGGUCUCUAGUAUCAAUCCAAAAGGACCCUUUGCAGAGUCCCUGCUGAGCCGAAGAGAUACAAUCUUGAGUGUCAAUGAUGUUCCAUGUGAGUGUCUAAUGGGUGCAACGGAAGCUGCUAAUAUCAUUGUGUCUGCCGAGACAUCGGUAACAGUUGUGGCGCAACGACAAUCAGACAAUGCGGCUGUGGUGGCCAUGGCAGCCUAA